ACUUGCUUUAGUAAUCGACAUAAUUUCCAUACCGUCACGGAACCUUGUUUUGUGUUUUUAGAGUGUUUCAUAUCUACAUACUGUUAUCGCUUAUAUCAAAGCACAAAAGUAAAGGAAAUGCGUCUGUUUCUGCCCCUCCUCUUUAUUAUUCUUUCUGCGUUGGUGCCGAGUGGUGCAGCGGCUACCCCUCACCGCAUUCUACUGAAACGCUUCGAUCAGUCCGAUGACGUUCAUCACCACAACCACUUACACCCAUUGCCGCGCACCUUGGACAAUAGAAUAAGCACUAUCACUAUUGAAAACGUUUUCGGCACUAGGUUUUACGGCUCCAUUUAUGUUGGCACCCCUGAGAAGGAAUUCAAAGUCUUAUUUGACACUGGCAGCAGCGAUAUGUGGCUUCCCGCAAAAAAAUCUCUGUACUCAAUCAAGCGCUGCUAUAACUCAGAAAGGAGCACUACUUCAUCACCGGAUGGGCGUAAGUUUUCUUCAAACUACUUGAACGGUCGUGUAAAAGGUGUUUUUGUGAAGGACAAGAUUCGCCUUGGGUCAUUCAGUACAGAUCAGACCUUUGCGAAAGUGGACGAUGUGUCGGGAUUGGGUGAUGUGUAUGGCAAUGCAAUUUGGGAUGGCGUGGUUGGGAUGGCAUUUGCUUCCCUCGCCUCAUAUGAUAUUAAGCCCACUUUGUUUUCCCUGGCUGAUAAUAACAAUGACCUGGCCAAGCAGUUCGCUUUUUAUCUGCCUAAGCGUUCAGGUUUUUAUGGUGAGCUUGUGCUUGGUGGGUACAAUCCUAACUACUUUAAAGGUAAGCUUGUUCCUGUAGCGCUGACAUCCAACACCCACUGGGCGGUUGACAUCACAUCGGCGAAGAUCGGCAAGACUAUAAGUAAUAACAAAAUGACGGCCAUUAUUGAUUCGGGAACCUCGGCCAUUUUGGCCCCUGUAAAUGCUUUCAAUAAAAUUGUCAAAAUUACUGACGCCACAAAACUAAAAUUCGAUUACAUCGUAAAUUGUAAUAAUGUACCUUCUCUACCUAACCUUGAACUUGAAAUCGGCGGCAAGCAAUGGAUUUUCACUAGUAUGGACUAUAUUAUUAAGGACAGUAAUGGAGAAUGCGUCCUUGGAAUAAAACUAAGAAAUGCUAAAUUUCCUGACAAGAAUACCUGGAUUCUCGGAAAUGUUUUUCUCAGGCAUGUGUACACCGUUUUUGACGCCGACAAGCCCAAGGUAAGCUUUGCUUAUGCUAAAUAA